ACUCCCUGAGAUCUGUCCUGGGGAGACACUGCUGCUCCGGGGGGCUGACCUGGCGGGGAGUGGCCGCGCAGUCUGCUCCGGCGCCGCUUUGUGCGCGCUGCCGCUGGCCCCUCUACUCCCGGGUCUGCCCCCCCGGGACACCCCAAUACCCCGCCCAAGCCAUGCAGCCCUACCUGCCUCUCUCCUCUGUGGACCUUUGGGAAGCCUCUCCCCACCUCGGGGGUUUGGGCCUAGACUGUGCUGGGAGCCCUUAGGCGUUCUCCCAGACCCGCCCGCUCCCGUCGCGCCCGUCGCGCGCGCCGGGGCCCGGGGCUCCAAAGUUGUGGGGACGAGCCCGAGUUGGAAAGUUUGCCCGAGGGCUGGUGCAGGCGUGGAGCUGGGGGCCGUGCGCUGCCCUGGGAGUGUGACCCGGCCAGCGAGCAAAACCUUGUGUGACUGAGCUCAAGAGCAGCGCAUCCAGAUUCUCCUCCGAAGUGAGACUUUCCAAAGGACCAAUGACUCUGUUUCCUGUGCCCUUUCAUUUUUUCCUACUCUAUAACUAUGUCUCGAUCCCGCCAUGCAAGGCCUUCCAGAUUAGUCAGGAGGGAAGUUGCAAACAAAAAAAAGAAAAACAGUCAACUGCGAAAGACAACCAAGGCAGCCCACAAAACUGUGGCAUCAGUCAAGACUUUAAGCCCUGGAAAAUUGAAACAAUUAAUUCAAGAAAGAGAUGUUAAGAGAAAAACAGAACCUAAACCACCCAUGCCAGUCAGAAGCCUUCUGACAAGAGCUGGAGCAGCACGCAUGAGUUUGGAUAGGACUGAGGUUCUUUUUCAGAACCCAGAGUCCUUAACUUGCAAUGGGUUUACAAUGGCGCUACGAAGCACCUCUCUUAGCAGGCGGCUCUCCCAACCCCCACUGGUCAUAGCCAAAUCCAAAAAGGUUCCACUUUCUAAAGGUUUAGAAAACCAACGUGAUUGUAAUUAUAAGAUACUCCCUGAGUUGGGAGCAAAGCACUCAGAAAAUGAUUUGGUUCCAAUGAAAGACACCCAAGUCCUUCCUGAUAUGGAGACUCUAAUUGAUGUACAAAAUUCCUGUUUAAUUAAAGGUAAGAGCCAAGAGACAACUCAGUCUUGGUCCCAAAGAGUUGAGGAUUCCAAAAUCAAUAUCCCUACCCACAGUGGCCCUGCAGCUGAGAUCCUUCCUGGGUCCCUGGAAGGGACACGCUAUGGUGAAGGAGUAUUCUCUGAACAGACAUUGAAUGAUACCAGUGGUUCCCCAAAUAUGCUUGCUCAGGACACAGUGUGUGCUCCUUUGCCCCAAAGAGCAACGCCCAAAGUUACCUCUCAAGGAAACCCCAGCAUUCAGUUAGAAGAGUUGGGUUCACGAGUGGAAUCUCUGAAGUUAUCUGAUCCUUACCUGGAUUCCAUUAAAAGUGAAGAUGAUCGCUACCCCACCUCCAGAAUUGAUAAGGUUAUACCUGAAUUGAACCUUAGAAACUGCUUGGCUCUUGGUGGGUCUACAUCUCCUACCUCUGUAAUAAAAUUCCUCUUGUCAGGCUCAAAACAAGCAACCCUUGGUGCUAAACCAGAUCAUCAAGAUUUCAAAGCUACUUCAAAUGAACAGGAAGUUUCCGAUACCACCUCUAUUCUAGGACAGGCCUUUGGUGCUAUCCCACACAAAUGGGAACAUCCUGGAGCUGACCCAGUUCAUGUUGAGGCCCUGGGUGAGACCCCAAAUCCACCCGAGAUUCCUGGUGCUAUUCCAGCCCAAGGAGAGGUCUUUGGUACUAUUUUAGACCAACAAGAAACUCUUGAUAUGAAUGAGGGUGUUGUCCCAGACUUGCCUGUUUUCCUUCCUGUUCCUCCAAAUCCAAUUGCUACCUUUAGUGCUCCUUCCAAAUGGCCUGAGCCCCAAAGCACUGUCUCAUAUGGACUUGCAGUCCAGGGUGCUAUACAGAUUUUGCCUUUGGGCUCAGGACACACUCCUCAAUCAUCAUCAAACUCAGAGAAAAAUUCAUUACCUCCAGUAAUGGGUAUCAGUAAUGUUGAAAAUGAGAAACAGGUUCAUAUAAGCUUUUUGCCAGCUAACACUCAGGGCUUCCCAUUAGUCCAUGAGAGAGGACUCUUCCAUGCUUCACUGGGUGUUGCCCAACUCUCCCAGGCUGGUCCCAGCCAAUCAGACAGCGGGAACUCCCAGGUCAGUGUAACCAGCACAGUUCAUGUUGUCAACACCACAGUGGUGACUAUGCCAGUGCCAAUGGUCAGUACCUCCAAUUUUUCCUAUACCACUUUGCUGCCCACUUUGGAAAAGAAGAAAAGAAAGCGAUGUGGGGUCUGUGAACCCUGCCAGCAGAAGACCAACUGUGGUGAAUGUACUUACUGCAAGAACAGAAAGAACAGCCAUCAGAUCUGUAAGAAAAGAAAAUGUGAGGAGCUGAAAAAGAAACCAUCUGUCAUUGUGCCUCUGGAGGUUAUAAAGGAAAACAAGAGGCCCCAGAGGGAAAAGAAGCCCAAAAUUUUAAAGGCAGAUUUUGUUAACAAACCAGUAAAUGGCCCCAAGUCAGAAUCCAUGGACUACAGUAAAUAUGGUCAUGGGGAAGAACAAAAAUCGGAAUUGAACCCACAUCCUGUUGAAAAUGUAACUAAAAAUGAAGAAAACAUGACAGGCAUCGAGGUGGAGAAGUGGACACAAAACAAGAAAUCACAUUUAACUGAUCACGUCAAAGAUUUUAGUGCCAAUGUCCCAGAACCUGAAAAAUCGAACAACUCUGAAGUUGACAAGAAACGAACCAAACCUCCAAAAUUGUUUGUACAAACCAUAAGAAAUGGCAUUAAACAUGUGCACUAUUUACCCACUGAACCAAAUGUGUCAUUUAAAAAAUUCAAUAUUGAAUCAUUCAGCAAGACAUUGGAAAACAAUUCAUGUAAAUUCCUAAAAGACACUGCAAACCAUAACAACGCUGUGAGCUCCGUUGCUACUGAUAUGAGUUGUGAUCAUUUCAAGGGGAGAAGUAAUGUUUUAGUAUUCCAGCAGCCUGGCUUUAACUGCAAUUCCAUUCCACAUUCUUCGCACUCCAACAUAAAUCAUCAUGCUAGCAUACACAAUGAAGGUGAUCAACCAAAAACUCCUGAGAAUAUACAAAGUAAAGAACCAAAAGAUGGAUCUCCAGUUCAACCAAGUCUCUUGUCGUUAAUGAAAGAUAGGAGAUUAACAUUGGAGCAAGUGGUAGCCAUAGAGGCCCUGACUCAACUCUCAGAAGCCCCAUCGGAGAAUUCCUCCCCAUCAAAGUCAGAGAAGGAGGAAGAAUCAGAGCAGAGAACAGCCAGUUUGCUUAAUAGCUGCAAAGCUAUUCUCUACUCUGUAAGAAAAGACCUUCAAGACCCAAACUUACAAGGAGAGUCACCAAAUCUUCAUCACUGUAUAUCUUUGGGAAAACAAAAUUCAUCCAGCACGGUGGUUUUCAAUGGGCAAACUACAACUCUUUCCAGCUCACAUAUCAGUUCAGCUACUAACCCAGCAUCCACGAAGUCACAUGAAUAUUCAAAAGUCACAAAUUCAUUAUCUCUUUUUGUACCAAAAUCAAAUUCAUCCAAGACUGACACGAAUAAAAGUGUUACUCAAGGGAUAAUUGCUCUUGACAAUUGUUCCAAUAAUUUGCCUCAGUUGCCACCAAGAAAUAAUGAAGUUGGAUAUUGUAACCAGUUCCUGGACAGCAGUAAAAAUUUGGACUCAGAUGAUCUAUCAUGUCAGGAUGCAGCCCACACCCAAAUUGAGGAAGAUGUUGCAACACAGUUGACACAACUGGCUUCAAUAAUUAAGUUCAAUUAUAUAAAACCAGAGGACAAAAAAGUUGAAAGUACACCCACAAGCCUUGUUGCAUGUAAUAUACAGCAAAAAUACAAUCAAGAGAAGGGCACACUACAACAGAAACCACCUUCAAGUGUACAAAAUAAUCAUGGUGCAUCAUUAACAAAGCAAAAGAACACAACCCAGAAAAAGACAAAAUCCACCCCAUCAAGAGAUCGGCGGAAAAAGAAGCCCACUGUUGUAAGUUAUCAAGAAAAUGAUCCGCAGCAGUGGGAAACAUUGUCCUAUGCCUAUGGCACAGUAUGUGACAUUUGGAUUGCAUCGAAAUUUCAAAAAUUUGGGCAAUUUUGUUCACAUGAUUUUCCUACCGUAUUUGGGAAAAUUUCUUCCUCAACCAAAAUAUGGAAACCACUGGCUCAAACAAGGUCCAUUAUACAACCCAAAACAAUAUUUCCUCCACUCACUCAGAUAAAAUUACAGAGGUAUCCUGAAGCAGUAGAGGAAAAGAUGAAGGUUGAACCAUUGGAUUCACUCAGCUUAUUUCAUCUUAAAACGGAAUCCAACGGGAAGGCAUUCACUGAUAAAGCUUAUAGCUCUCAGGUACAGUUAACAGCGGAUGCCAAUCAGAAAGCCCAUCCUUUGACCCAGCCCUCCUCUCCACCUAACCAGUGUGCUAACAUGACGGCUACCGAUGACCAAAUACCGUUUCAACAGGUUGUUAAGGAGCAACUCAUGCAUCAGAGACUGCUAACAUCGCCUGGUAUUUCUCAUGAAACACCCUUACCGGAGUCAGCACUAACUCUCAGGAAUGUAAAUGUCGUGUGUUCAGGUGGAAUGACAGUGGUUUCUACCAAAAGUGAAGAGGAAGUCUCUUCAUCCACUGUUGGAACAUCAGAGUUUUCCACGGUGGACAGUGCACAGAAAAAUUUCAGUGAUUAUGCUAUGAACUUCUUUACUAAUCCUACAAAAAACCUAGUGUCCAUAACUAAAGAUUCUGAACUGCCCACCUGCAACUGCCUUGAUCGUGUAAUACAAAAAGACAAAGGCCCAUAUUAUACACACCUUGGGGCAGGACCAAGUGUUGCUGCUGUCAGGGAAAUCAUGGAGAAUAGGUAUGGUGAAAAAGGAAAUGCAAUAAGGAUAGAAAUAGUAGUGUACACCGGCAAAGAAGGGAAAAGCUCUCAUGGGUGUCCAAUUGCUAAGUGGGUUUUGAGAAGAAGCAGUGAUGAAGAAAAAGUUCUUUGUUUGGUCCGACAGCGUACAGGCCACCACUGUCCAACCGCUGUGAUGGUGGUGCUCAUCAUGGUAUGGGAUGGAAUCCCUCUUCCAAUGGCCGACCGACUAUACACAGAGCUCACUGAGAAUCUAAAGUCAUACAAUGGGCAUCCUACCGACCGAAGAUGCACCCUCAAUGAAAAUCGUACCUGUACUUGUCAAGGAAUUGAUCCAGAAACUUGUGGAGCUUCAUUCUCUUUUGGCUGUUCAUGGAGUAUGUACUUUAAUGGCUGUAAGUUUGGUAGAAGCCCAAGCCCCAGAAGAUUCAGAAUUGAUCCAAGCUCUCCCUUACAUGAAAAAAACCUUGAAGACAACUUACAGAGUUUGGCUACACGAUUAGCUCCAAUUUAUAAGCAGUAUGCUCCAGUAGCUUACCAAAAUCAGGUUGAAUAUGAAAAUAUUGCCCGAGAAUGUCGGCUUGGCAGCAAGGAAGGUCGUCCCUUCUCUGGCGUCACUGCUUGCCUGGACUUCUGUGCCCAUCCCCACAGGGACAUUCACAACAUGAAUAAUGGAAGCACAGUUGUUUGUACUUUAACUAGAGAAGAUAACCGCUCUUUGGGUGUUGUUCCUCAAGAUGAGCAGCUCCAUGUCCUACCUCUUUAUAAACUUUCAGACACAGAUGAGUUUGGCUCCAAGGAAGGAAUGGAAGCCAAGAUCAAAUCUGGGGCCAUUGAGGUCCUGGCACCCCGCCGCAAAAAAAGAACUUGUUUCACUCAGCCUGUUCCCCGUUCCGGGAAGAAGAGGGCUGCGAUGAUGACGGAGGUUCUUGCACAUAAGAUAAGGGCAGUGGAGAAGAAACCUAUUCCCCGAAUCAAGCGGAAGAAUAACUCGACAACAACGAACAACAGUAAGGCUUCGUCACUGCCAACCUUAGGGAGUAAAACUGAGACCAUGCAACCUGAAGUAAAAAGUGAAACCGAUCCCCAUUUUAUCUUUAAAAGUUCAGACAACACUAAAACCUAUUUGCUGAUGCCAUCUGCUUCUCACCCAGUGAAAGAGGCAUCUCCAGGCUUUUCCUGGUUCCCGAAGACUGCGUCAGUUGCACCAACUCCAUUGAAGAAUGACGCAACAGCCUCGUGCGUGUUUUCAGAAAGAAGCAGCACUCCCCACUGCACGAUGCCUUUGGGAAGACUCAGCGGUUCCAAUGCAGCUGCUGCAGAAGGCCCUGGCAUUUCACAGCUUGGCGAAGUUGCUCCUCUCCCCACCCUGUCUGCUCCUGUGACAGAGCCCCUUAUUAAUUCUGAGCCUCCCACUGGUGUGACUGAGCCGCUAACGUCUCAUCAGCCAAAUGAGCAGCCCUCCUUCCUCACCUCUCCCCAAGACCUUGCCUCUUCUCCAAUGGAAGAAGAUGAGCAGCAUUCCGAAGCAGAUGAGCCUCUAUCAGACGAGCCCUUAUCUGAUGACCCCUUGUCACCUGCUGAGGAGAAAUUGCCCCACAUUGAUGAGUACUGGUCAGACAGUGAGCACAUCUUUUUGGAUGCAAAUAUUGGUGGGGUGGCCAUCGCACCUGCCCACGGCUCGGUUUUGAUUGAGUGUGCCCGGCGAGAGCUGCACGCUACCACUCCUGUUGAGCACCCCAACCGUAAUCAUCCAACCCGCCUCUCCCUUGUCUUUUACCAGCACAAAAACCUAAAUAAGCCCCAACAUGGUUUUGAACUAAACAAGAUUAAGUUUGAGGCUAAAGAAGCUAAGAAUAAGAAAAUGAAGGCCUCAGAGCAAAAAGACCAGGCAGCUAAUGAAGGUCCGGAACUGUCCUCUGAAACAAAUGAGUUAAACCAAAUUCCUUCUCAUAAAGCAUUAACAUUAACUCAUGACAAUGUUGUCACCGUGUCCCCUUAUGCUCUCACACACGUUGCGGGGCCCUAUAACCAUUGGGUCUGAAGGCUUUUCUCCCCCUCUUAAUGCCUUUGCUAGUGCAGUGUAUUUUUUCAAGGUGCUGUUUUAAGAAAGUCAUGUUGUCGUUUACUAUAUCUUCAUCUCACCCAUUUCAAGUCUGAGGUAAAAAAAUAAUAAUAAUAAUAACAAAUGGGGUGGGUAUUCUUAACUGUGACUAUAUUUUGACAAUUGGUAGAAGGUGCACAUUUUAAGCAAAAAUAAAAGUUUUAUAGUUUUAAAUACAUAAAGAAAUGUUUCGGUUAGGCAUUAACCUUGGUAGAAUCACUCAGUUUGGUGCUUUCAAUUAAGUCAGUUUACUAUGAAACAAGAGUCAUUUUUAGAGGAUUUUAACAGGUUCAUGUUCUAUAAUGUAAAAUCAAGACACACAGUGUUAACUCUACACAGCUUCUGGUGCUUAACCACAUCCACACAGUUAAAAAUAAGCUGAAUUAUUAUUUCAUGGUGCCAUUGUUCCAACAUCUUCCAAUCAUUGCUAGAAAAUUGGCAUAUUCUUUUGAAAUAAAUGUAUGAAAUGUUUUCUCUCUUAAAAUAUUUCUCCUGUGUAAAAUAAAUCAUUGUUGUUAGUAAUGGUUGGAGGCUGUUCGUAAAUUGUAAAUAGAUAUUUUAAAAGCACUUUCUAUUUUUAAAAGUAACUUGAAAUAAUAUAGUAUAAGAAUCCUAUUGUCUAUUGUUUGUGCAUAUUUGCAUACAAGAGAAAUCAUUUAUCCUUGCUGUGUAGAGUUCCAUCUUGUUAAUUGCAGUAUGUAUUCUAAUCAUGUAUAUGGUUUGUCUUCUUUUACUGUGUCCUUUCACAUUCAAAUGUUAGCAACUCGCAGUAUAUAAAAUAGUUAGAUAAUGAGAAGUUGUUAGUUAUGGAAUUAGGAAGCAUAUCACCAAUAUUGAUUAGCAUUUUCUUUGGAACUAGAGAAGAGUGGUCUCUUCUGACUUGUUGAACAACUUCAGUUUAGUUUCAUCCUACCUUUCACAUUAUAAUCCAUGAGAGGUAUUUCCAAAAGGAGACGGGACAGGAUAGGUUUCAAAAGAGUCAAAUGCUUCUAAUGUCUCAAGGUGAUAAAAUACAAAAAUUAAGUAGACACAUAUUUGUACUGAAGUCUAAUAUAGAAUUAGAAAAAAAAUCUUGUUGAAAUAUUUUGAAAACCAAUUCCCUACUAUCAUCACAUGCCUUCCCAACCCCAAGUCAAACAAGAGGAAUGGUACUAUAAACAUGGCUUUGUCCAUUAAGAGCUAAUUCAUUUGUUUAUCUUAGCAUAUUAGAUUUGGGAAAAUGAUAACUCAUCUUUUCUGAUAAUGGCCUAUGACCUAGGUAACAGGAAAACAGGCAUUACGUUUAUUUUAGUCUUCCCAUUUUCUUUCCUAUUACUUUGUUGACUCAUUUUAUUGCAAAAAAAAAAAAAAAAAAGGAUUACCCAAACAACAUGUUUAGAACAAGGAGAACUUUUAAUGAAAUACUUGAUUCUGUUAAAAUGCAGAGGUGCUAUAACAUUCAAAGUGUCAGAUUCCCGGGGAGUAUGGAAAACCUAAUGGUGCUUCUCCCUUGGAAAUGCCAUAGGAAGCCCACAACCGCUAACACUUACAAUUCUGGUGCAAAAGCAAACAGUUCCAGCAGGCUUUCUAAAGAAAAACACAUUGUAACUUAUUAAAAUAAUAUAUGGUGCAAAGUGUCUGAUUUGAGCUUUUGACUAAUCCAAGUAAAGGAAUAUGAAGGGAUUGUAAAUAACAAAAAUGUCCAUUGAUAGACCAUCGUGUACAAGUAGAUUUCUGCUUGUUGAAAUGUAAACUAGGGUAAUUCAUUGACUUGUUUUAGUAUUUUGUGUGCCUUAGAUUUCUGUUUUAAAACAUGUAUAUUUUUGUGAGCCUAAGGUUUCUUAUACAUAUAAGUAUAUAAAUAAGUGAUUGUUUAUUGCUUCAGCUGCUUCAAUGAGAUAUUUACUAGUAUUAUACUAUCAGGAAUACACCCUUGCAAGAUUAUGUUUUAGAUUUUAGGCCUUAGCUCCCACUAGAAAUUAUUUCUUCACCAGAUUUAAUGGAUAAAGUUUUAUGGCUCUUUAUGCAUCCACUCAUCUAUUCAUUCUUCGAGUCUACACUUAUUGAAUGCCUGCAAAAUCUAAGUGUCACUUUUAUUUUUCUUGGAAUCACCCACCUAUGACAUAGUAAACCUGAAGAACAAAAACUACCCUCAGAAAUAUUUUUAAAAUAAAUAGCAAAUUAUCUUUAAAAUAAUCCAUGGUAAUGUAUGCAGUAAUUCAAAUUGAUCUGUCUCUCAACAGGUUUCUUAACAAUCUAAACUUGAAACAUCAAUGUUAAUUUUGGGGGCUAUUGGGAUUUGUGACACUUGCUGCAGUUUACCAAAACAAGUAUAUGAAAAUAUCUAGUAUUACCUGAAAUGUUUCCAUUCCAUUGUUGUAAUUAACAUCAUGAAUGGACUUCCUAAACUGAUCACCCCACUGUGGGAACCAAAUUGGAUUCCUAUUUUGUUGGACUCUCUUUCCCGAUUUUAACAAUUUACCAUCCCAUUCUCUGCCCUGUGAUUUUUUAAAAAGCUUAUUCAAUGUUCUGCAGCAUUGUGAUUGUAUGCUGGCUACACUGCUUUUAGAAUGCUCUUUCUCAUGAAGCAAGGAAAUAAAUUUGUUUGAAAUGACAUUUUCUC